GCAAUGAACGUAAACAAACUAUUUACAUUGAGGACGCGCCGCAUAAUCAAGACGUUAUCCAUCAAAGCGGGGACAAUGAGUAAAACAUGCCCAGCUUAACUGCUCCAAAGAAUCAUCCACCUUGGAAUCCCGUACGCCAUCCGCAUGCAUAUAUACUUUGCGGACACGUCCUGGUCACUUUUGAGAGAUUGCGAGGCGCUGAUCUCGUGGUCGGCUGGGGCACAGGGCUCAGGGCAUGGAGGCUGGCCAGGCGGCGCCAAGGAAACAACAGCAACCCGUUGCGACCCAAGCUGGACAAUGAGAGUCCUCUGCCGUCCUCCUCGCCUUCCUCCUCUCGUCAGCAGGCAGAUCCGAAGCUGGGCCGGUGGCGUGCCUCGAAAAUCGUGCGCGCUCACCGUCGCCCAGGUGCGCUUGGGAAAGGGAGCGGGCCGGACACGCUGCGUUAUGCGGCCCCGCAUAAAAACCUCGAAUCCGGAGCGUCCGGCACCAUAAGUCACCGGCUUGGUGUCCGCAUCCGCUGGGAAGACCUUCUCUGGAAAAGGAGCACCCUAAGGACUUGACGCUAUGAACAUGAAGGUUCUCUUGGCUCUGACAGCCGUACUGAUUGUGGCGGCAGCCGAACGCGCAGGCUACAAUGCCGGCGCAUACAACCCGGCUCUUUACAACACCGGAGCUUAUGCGGGCGACUACUACAACCGAGGCUACUACGCUCGCCAAGGCUAUCCCGAUCAGUACUAUGGCAGGGACGGCUACUAUGGUGCCUACGCUGGCGGACGCUACACUGCCCCGUACCGAUCAGCGUACGGAUACGCUCCGGGAUACACACCAAGCUAUGCGGCCGGCUCCAUCAGGCCAUACAGCGGCGCCUACGGCGGCUACUCUGGCUACAGGGGCUACGGAGCAUACGGCUCACAUGCAGGAUACACAGGUUACCCAGGUUAUGCCGACGGUCGUUACGGGCGUUAUCGUUACGGAGGUGCCUACAACCCGUACGGCUCCUACAGAGGUGGCCUCUUGGACGACCGUUACAACCAAUACAUGCAACAGCGAGGCUACAACACGGCGCCUUACAGUGGAGCCUACGGCCCCUACGAACAGCGCACGUCGCAGGGAUACAGCUACGGCUACACUUCGCCUAACAGCCAGGUCUACAGUGCCGCGGGAUACCGUGCUUAGAGACGCUUUACGGAAGGGUAACCGUCUCGAGUUGCGUAACACGACGUCCGGCAUUGCUUUCUUCGACAACGACGGCAGACGAUUUUGGUUGUACUUUUCAUUUUUUUAUAUCGUUUCAGCCACAGUUUUUUUAUAAUCACCGACACGCAAAAGAGAACACAUCCUGCGUAUGACUGGCGGCGCCCACGCAAUAAAUUUGUUUUUUUA